AUGGCACCCUCGAAGAGCAAUCCGAAAAAGGCACUGGCUGUCGCCGACUGGAAUGCCUUCCUCCAGGAGCCAGAUCCAGAACCCGAUGCCGACAACAAGGCCUCGACCCGGCGGAAAGUGGUAGCUAUGGGAAACAGCUUUAAAAAAUGGACCGAAGAACUCAAUCCCCCGGACUGGAGGUUCUGGCUUCUCGAGAAGUUCAGCUUGAAACUUAUUGAGGGUUUCCUCCGCUACUACCUCAACACACACAACGUUGAGCGAAAGUCGUCUUUCCAAACCCUAGCGCGAUACUUCUCAAUGUUCUCUAAUCAAGAAAGGGGGCAGGAAGCCCCCUAUGAAAUGAGGCAGAAACUGAAGCGGGUAAGGCUUCCGAACUGUCGGACCAGAGGUCGCAUGCUAACUCUUUACAAGCUUGUCAGCGUCACGCUUUCGGACCAAUACGAACUUGAAUUGAGCGCGAAGGAGCAACCUCCGUUUAACAUCGACGAUCUCUUAUUCACAACGUACCAUCUGCUGGCUUGGUGCCCUAUCACCUUUCCAACCGUACGAAGUAUUUUUCAGGUGAACACGCUCAGGAAAAUGAUGACUUCCACGAGUGCCCGACCGGGUACGUUGAUCGAGUCGUCGGGAUAUAUCCAUGAGAACGAUGCCUUGAAAUGGAAAGACAUUGAACUCUUCAUGGUGAAACAUCCCGAACAUCCCACCUCUCAGGUGCUUCUAAUGCGGGUGAGGCAUAGGUUGAAUAAAGGCCGGAGGAACGAAGGCGUACCGCCGGUCUACACGUACACGGAGAGGAACGACAAUUUGGGACUCUGCGUUAUUCAGGACAUACUAAUGUAUGCCUUUCUCGACGACGCCUUCGACAGCGAACACAUCAAAUGUCCCGCCGAUAUCUGGCGCCUCACGAAGGUCCCAGAACACCGUCUCAGCACCCCGAUCAAUUUUAAGGAUAGCGUUAAGGAACUUCCGAUCCUGCGAGGUACCUACCAGGAUGCAUCGGGACUUAUUAUCACCGAUCCCCAGCGUGCCCUGCAGUAUCAUCAAGCGCGACAAUGGGAAGCUGCGGCAAGUGAGUCAGCCGGGUUCAAAGACAAAGGAACCCUCUACAAGUACCGCAAAGGGGCAGCGGCAAAUAUAAGGCAUCUCGAUGAGCAUUCACGGAAUCGCAUCAUGGGCCAUACCCAAGGGGGAACGUUCGCCAACUACAUCUCGAUCAUGGAUGACACCCAAUCUAUCUUCAUGGAGACGCCAUCUCGAAAAUCCCUACUCAGCCUCGCGACCCACGCGAGCAUUACGCGGGACCCUUCAGCUCCACAACAUGCCACGCCGGCGCAGAAAGCAACGGUCGAAUUAGACCCAAAACUUAUUGAAUGGAAAAAGGAAUGCCAACAACUACGGACGGAUCUCAUUAUGGAGCAUGGCCAGUUAAAGGCUGCGCGCGAAUCUGGUGAUAAGCGUUCUAGUGAAUUACAAAAGCUUCAGAACAAAGUCAAGUCUCGGCGAAAGAAACUCUGUGAUUCGGCGAAGAGUAACGCCCGUGCCGAGUUCUUUCGUCAAAUCGGCAAUCGCAUUAUCGAGAGCAACCACUUAGGGGAACAGAUCAAGUUCACCUCGGACAACAGCCGAAUCCAACCAGAGAGAAUUGCUCUUGCCAAUCUUGAAUUUCAGAAUAGAGACGUCGACAAGAUCAAUAGCGCUUUGUUGAUACAAGACCGAAUCCGGUCCCUAGACCUCCGGCUAGAGAUGAACCGGCUUCACGUGCCUCGUGGUCUAAAAGCGCACAUUCGAUUCAAUGAAACGAACAUCGAGGUCGCUUCUGGCGAAGGAUCAGAGCAGACCAAGCCUAAGCAAAUUCUCCAAUGCCCGGUGUGCUUAGCGCGUCCAGAACUUCUCCCGGUAGCAAAGGAAUUCCACUAUUCUCGAAAGGACGCGCUCCAAACGCAUUUCCGGACUCACAAAUUACCCGUGUUCUUUGACAAUCCUGGUCGCCAAUGUGACAUCCCUGGUUGUGUCCAUGUAUUCCCCUCACUCAACAGCUAUAAGCUCCAUCUAUCCAAGCACCAUAGUAUAUAUCUUUGA